CAAACCAUUAUGAAAUAAUUUCAUUUUGUUCGUUACUACAGUGGCCUAUUAUUGUGGUUUACAAGUUUGUACAAUGUCUGCAGCUCGCACUGUUGUUAUACUAUGCCUUUGCCAAAUAUUGUUCAUCAAAGUGUUGCGGACCAACGGUUUCAAAUUCAAAGACAAAGUGACGUACGACGUAUCAAAGUACUUCUACGACACAAACUACGAAUGCUACAACCUUCAUAUAGACAAAGAUCGUUUCCACAUAAUGAGGUGUAAAAUAAAUUACAUGAAACCCGUUGUCUCGCCUAGCUGCAUCUUUUGUCCAAUGGGUUGUGCAUUUUGCGCUAGUCCUAUGGAACAUUACACUUAUGGAAGCUUCUCAACAAAAUUGUGGGGUGCAAAAGGUGAGGUGUACAAAUGCCACUUUCAUAGUUUGCACGCGAUUGAACCAAGAAAAAUCAGAGCAAGAAAAGGAAUUACUGAAUCAGCCGACAUUAAAUGUGUCAUUAAAGACCACUGCAAGAGUUCGCCGUGCCAAAACCUGGGGACAUGUGUCAAGACGUAUUAUUCAUACACCUGCUUUUGUACGAAGGAAUACUACGGGAAGAAUUGCGAAAAGAAAGCUGGUAAUUUGGCAGGUAAACUCACUUACGGUGUCCAGUUGUGGUUUCCUCUGGAGGUGAUAGCGGGUCAAAUAUUUCCUUUCUUCAUCACUGUCGCUCAUGAAGGGGAAAAUCAAAUUAUCGAACUUACCACACCAUCAAAAUUAUUGAUCAGACUAAGACCGAGCGACAAAAUCCAAAACUUUGAUACAAAAUGUUCAGGUGGUAAAUGCAGGUGUGAUACCAAAGGAAAUUGCAAAACAGCUUACAAAGGAAUUUUGAUAUCCGACCUCUAUUAUUUGAAAGAGAAUUUUUUCCACUUGCCAAUGCUGUUUUUAAAUUUACAUACACUAGCAAUUGUGACCAAUGUUACCAUAAAGGUGUACAAUGAGAAAUUGAAUCUUACUGAACCAGUUUAUCAAGAAACAAUAAACUCUCUUGCCAAGUUGAGGUUACAAGACGUGUACUUUUACGACGAAGUCCAACCAAAUUGUGCCUGUCAAGUUAUUUCAGCGUCAGGGUCCAUAGAGUCUAGACCUAGUAUUUGCUACAAUGGCUACAUCAUCUGCGAAUGCUAG